AUGCGUUGGUCUCCCCUCCUCCUCGCCUCCCUCACUGGGUUGGAAUUUGUCCAUGCACACGGCAACGACGAGCAUGAGCCUCAAAUGAACGUCAUCUGGGGACGCCGUGGGCCCGACGACUUGCGAAAGAAGCGUGCGGCGUACGAGGCAUGGAACCCUCCAUCAGUGCCACUCAAACCUCGUGGCGAUGCUACCAACCCCCUCGAAGCCCGACAGACAUCCGGCCAGACACAGGCCCUGCCCUCCGGAAUCGCGGUCGGAGAUGGAUCGCAGUGUGGUCCGAAGCUGGGAGCUUGCAACCCGGGCGACUGCUGUUCGGCUUCUGGAUGGUGUGGUCGGGGACCUGCCUACUGCAACUCCCCUGAUUGCCAAAUCAGCUACGGCCCUGCCUGCGAUGGCAACCAAAAGCCAAGCGGCCCCGACACUUCUAACGACGCCAGACCCAAGCUUGGUAGCGUUCCCUACGGCGGAGUUGGUAUCUACAACUGCGUCAACGACGGUGAUGUCGCCAUCACUUACGACGACGGUCCUUACCUCUACACCGAUGGUAUGCUGGAUGCUUUCAAGGCUCACGGCGCUGUUGCAACAUGGUUCAUCACUGGUAACAACAUCGGCAAGGGUAUGAUCAACGCCAACUAUGUUAGCACCAUUCAGCAGCGCAUGGUUGCCGAGGGUCACCAGAUCGCCAGCCACACGUGGUCUCACGAGAACCUCGACUCCUUGACUCUGGCCCAGCGCAAGAACCAGAUGGUGUACAACGAGAUCGCCUUCACCGACAUCUUGGGCUUCUACCCUACUUACAUGCGUCCUCCUUACUCCAUCUGCGGAUCCGAGUGCCAGGGACAGAUGGCCGACCUUGGUUACCACAUCACCUACUUUGAUCUCGACACUCAGGGUUACCUGCACACUGACCCCAGCCAGAUCGGCGUUAGUGUCAACCUGUGGGACCAAGCCAUGCUGGCCAAGUCUCCUUGCAACGGCUCGUACUUGCAUAUCGAGCACGACAUUCACCAGCAGAUUGCUCAAGUUCUUACUCCUCACAUUCUGGACUCUGUCGUUGCCAACGGCUGGAGGGCCGUUACCGUUGGCGAGUGCUUGGGCGAUCCCGUUGAAAACUGGUACCGUCGCGGCAACCCCGGUUACAACUUCAACAUCACCGCAUCCAGCCCUGCGGUCUGCGCUAGCACGGCAUCCAAGACAACCACUGUAGCUUUCUCUACCGGUGGCGCGACCACGCUUCCCACCUCCACGUCCCUGGCUGUCUCAAUCGACGCUUCCUGCGGUGGAACCAGCGGAAACACCUGUCUUGGAUCUACUUUUGGAAACUGCUGUUCCGUCAAUGGCUGGUGUGGUAGCACCAACGCGUACUGCGGAUCAGGUUGUCAGUCCAAGUUUGGUAACUGCGGAAGCAACGCCGGCUCCAGCAGCACAGGUAGGACUUCAUCUACUUCUCGUCGCAGCACCAGCAGCUCCUCCUCACGCACCAGCUCUUCUUCGCGUGGCAGCUCGUCGACCGCUCGCACGAGUUCCAGCUCGUCGUCGCGGGUUUCAAGCUCCAGUUCGCGUUCCAGCACUGGCUCCAGCUCCAGCACUCGAAGCAGCACUGGUUCCAGCUCUCGCACUUCCGCUACCGGAAGCGUCACUGCUGCCACCACCGGGUCUACUUCUCGCACAGGAACUUCUUCUCUGACUCGAUCAUCUUCAGUCUCGGGCUCUACUUCAGGCUCUGUUUCUGGGUCUACUUCCCGCUCUACUUCUGCCUCCGGCUCGUCCACCGCCUCAGCGUCUUCUUCUUCUGCAUCGGCUUCUGGCUCCGUUUCCGCCCAGUCUGGCUCAUCCACGGCCAGCGGCACGGCUUCGGGCUCAUCGUCUGCCUCUCGUUCCAGCACUGGCACCGCUUCUCUUCCCUCUUCAACCCUUCCUGUUUCCGACAACGGCGAGUGCGGUAGCAACAACGGCAGAACUUGCAUUGGAUAUUCGCAGGGCAGCUGCUGCUCCCAGUACAACUACUGUGGAAGCACUGACGCUCACUGCGGUACUGGCUGCCAGAGUGUCUUCGGUACCUGUGGCAGCUCUGUCAAUGCUACAUCCCCCAGCGGCACCGCAAGUGCCGCGGCCGGCUCUAGCUCCCGCGCCAGCUCUGCCGGUACCGCCUCUGCCUCUGCUCCUCUCGCGAGCUCCACCUUCCCGGCCACUAGCGAUGGAACAUGUGGUGCCGCGGCCGGCAAGAGCUGUGUCGGCUACUCUGGAGGUACCUGCUGUUCUCAGUACAACUACUGCGGUAACACCGAUGCCCACUGCGGCACUGGCUGCCAGUCUCUCUUCGGCAGCUGCCAGAGCUCCGCGUCCGGCGGAACCUCCGCAGCAAGCUCCGCUGCCGGUCAAGCCAGCGGUACUCGCACUGCUUCCGCCUCGGCGUCUACCAACACCAACCCUUCCAGCGACGGCUCUUGCGGUGGCACCAAGGGCUUCAACUGCUUGGGCACCAACUUUGGUGACUGCUGUUCGCCUUACGGCUACUGCGGUAACACCACCGCUCACUGCGAGACGGGCUGCCAGAGCGGCUUCGGAAAGUGCUCUGGCACCGGCUCGGAUGUGAACGUGUCUCUUGAUGGAAAGUGCGGCAACACGGGCGCCUCGGGAUCGGAGACCUGCCAGGGCUCCACCUUUGGAAACUGUUGCUCGGCGUACGGCUACUGCGGUAGCACUGAUCUUCACUGUGGCACUGGAUGUCAAUCCAGAUUUGGCACAUGUGGUAUGUCAACCGAGGUCACAAGCGCAUCGACGCUGACCUCUUCUAUCUUACCUUCUGCUAACACUACUUCUCAGGCUCUUCCUCCGCAGCAACCACCUCUGCCAGGUAAUACCUCGACCGUAUCUUCGUCCCAAUCGACCACCACGGACAGCUCCACUGUUGCUACUACUAGUAGUGCUUCGGUUGCUGCUGAUGUCGUUGGUAGCUCUUCUGUUGUCACUACUAGUGCUUCCGUUUCUGCCGAUGCCAUUGGCAGCUCAAUUGUUGUCACUACUAGUGCUUCGGUUGCUGCUGAUGUCGUUGGUAGCUCAACGGUCGUUACAACCAGCAGUGCUUCUGGUUCUACUGAUGCCGUUGCCAGCUCGUCUGUUGUCGCUACUAGUAGUUCUGUCGUUGUUCCGGAUGUCGUUGUCAGCUCCUCUGUUAUCAUUACCAGUAGUGCUGUCGUUUCUCCCGAUGCCGUUGUUAGUAGCAGCUCCAGCAGCUCGUCUUCUAGCAGCGCCACCAGCAGCAGCGUUCAGUCUUCUAGUAGUAGUAUCAGCAGUUCCAGCAGCGAUACCAGCAGCAGCGUUCAGUCCUCUAGCAGCAGCAGCAGCAGCAGCAGCAGCUUCAGCUCCUCCACGUUGUUGACAUCCACCACGACCUCCUCUUCCGCUGCCUCUUCGCAGACGGCCAAGGUUGUCAAGGUCGUCAACAACGUCGGUGACUCCUGUGGUUCGACAUUGGGACAAAAGUGCGGAACAGGUCUUUGCUGCACGAGUAAAGGUCAAUGUGCGACUACAAAAGUGUGGGUUUGGAACAAUGGCAAUUGCUACGCGUUCAACGGCUGCCAGCCGGAAUGGGGUACCUGCUUCUAA